AAGCAUCCUGCCUCAGCCUCCCAGAUCCCAGCGUCUGUUGGAUUUCUACCAAGAGAAAGUUUGUAGCGUCAAAUUCCUUACACUGCUGGAGGGGCCAGACGCGAUGAUUCAGUAGAAGAGCUCAGACCCCGGCAGCGAGGGGGCCCGGACGCUGAAGGAUGAAUGGGGAGGAGGAAUUCUUCGACGCCGUCACAGGCUUCGACUCCGAUAACUCUUCCGGGGAAUUUUCCGAGGCAAAUCCGAAAGUCACUGGGAUGCUUGACUUGGACACCAGCAAAAGUGACAGGAUCGGGAAAAUUGGGGAGAGGCCCCCUCAAGAGAAUGGAAUGCAGAAGCACAGGACGUCCCUGCCCGCACCCAUGUUCACCAGGAGCGACUUCAGCGUGUGGACCAUCCUGAAGAAGUGCGUCGGCCUGGAGCUGUCCAAGAUCACGAUGCCGAUUGCCUUCAACGAGCCGCUGAGCUUCCUGCAGCGGAUCACGGAGUACAUGGAGCACGUGUACCUCGUGCACAGGGCCUGCCGCCAGCCCCAGCCCCUCGAGCGCAUGCAGUCCGUAGCUGCCUUCGCCGUCUCGGCCGUGGCCUCCCAGUGGGAGCGGACGGGCAAGCCGUUUAAUCCACUCCUGGGAGAGACGUACGAGCUGAUCAGGGAAGAUCUGGGAUUCAGAUUCAUAUCCGAGCAGGUCAGCCACCAUCCCCCCGUCAGCGCGUUUUACUCCGAAGGCCUCGGCCAGGACUUCCUGUUCCACGGCUCCAUCUACCCGAAGCUGAAGUUCUGGGGCAAGAGCGUGGAGGCGGAGCCCCGGGGGACCAUCACGCUGGAGCUCCUCAAACACAAUGAAGCCUAUACCUGGACCAACCCCACCUGCUGCGUGCACAACGUCAUCAUCGGGAAGCUGUGGAUCGAGCAGUACGGCACGGUGGAGAUCGUGAACCACAGGACUGGACAUAAGUGUGUGCUGAACUUCAAACCAUGUGGACUGUUUGGAAAAGAGCUUCACAAGGUGGAAGGGCACAUCCAAGACAAAAACAAACAGAAGCUCUUUGUGAUCUAUGGCAAGUGGACGGAGUGCCUGUGGGGCACAGACCCCGCCUCCUACGAGUCCUUUAAGAAGCAGGAGAGGAGAGGCGGCCACCUGCGGAAGGCUAAGCUGGACGACGGUGCCGAGAAGGCGGACAGCGACGUGGCCGACGACGUGCCCGAGGCGCAGGAGACCGUGCAGGUCGUCCCCGGCAGCAAGCUGCUCUGGAGGAUCAACACCCGGCCCCCCAACUCCGCCCAGAUGUAUAAUUUCACCAGUUUCACCGUGAGCCUCAACGAACUGGCGACGGGCAUGGAGAAGACCCUGCCCCCCACGGACUGCCGCCUGCGCCCCGACAUCCGCGGCAUGGAGAACGGCAACAUGGACCUGGCCAGCCAGGAGAAGGAGCGGCUGGAGGAAAAGCAGAGAGAAGCGCGGCGGGAGCGUGCCAAGGAGGAGGCGGAGUGGCGGACCAGGUGGUUCUCCCCGGGCACCAACCCCUACACGGGCACAGCCGACUGGCUGUACGCCGGCGAUUACUUCGAGCGGAACUUCUCCGACUGCCCAGACAUCUACUGAGGUCGAGGGGCGCCAGGGCCGGGCCUGCGAGGCUGGGCCCCUCGAGCGGCCAGGCUGGCCUUGGUCACGGCGGAGACGGACUUUCGGACGACUGUGCUCACGGGGACCGCGCCGUCCCGGUGAGCGGUGCGUCUGAUCAGCUGCCGGUUGCCCAGCCAUCUGCUACUGUGCAGUCUCUUCACGCAGCUUCACUCGGGACCAUCGAUUCAUCCUGGUCUGAACAGGGGACUCAUCCGACGCGGCGAAGACCAGCGGCGCUCACAGGGCUCACGGCGCCAUCGCGGGGCGUGGGCGGAGGGGAGCUCGGGAGGCCCCGUGGCCUCCUCGCCUCUAGGGUCAAGGGCGGGCUUUGGAGAGCGUUCUCAGCUGGGACCAGUGGGGAAGAGAGGGGCUUGAAAAUAACGCCGCGGAGGGCGCGUGAAGCCGGGAAUCGCUCUCUAAACCGUGCUGAUACAGAAGGGAAGAUCUUCAAAGCAUCAGAUCGAAUGAAAUGAAAAGUUGUCAGAUUCUGUAUUUUUUACCAAUCUUCGAUAAUGUAAAGAUUGCCUUUAAAAUAUUUAAGUUAAAAUUACUUGAAUAGUAUUUUGCUGAAGAGCAAGAUAAGCAUUAAUCACCAAUCGUACACUGUCCAAACCGAAGCAUCGCCGUGACGGCCCAGCGUGAGCAGGAGCAGCGAGAGCCGCACGGAAUCCCCGACGCUCCUGCCCGCGGGAGGCGGCAUCCCCGGACGCUCCUGCCCGCGGGAGGCGGCAUCCCCGGACGCUCCUGCCCGCGGGAGGCGGGCAGCCGCGGUGCCCUCACUGCAGAGCCUCACCGUCCCCGCGCACCGCGCCCACGUCUCACAGGGCCGUCUCUCAAGACGCGCCGCCUGCACCCACGGCACUCUCGCGUCCUGCUCCCAGCAUGCAUGUGCAGAACACAGCGAGUCACAUCCCGCCGUGCGCUGGGGAGGGCCAGAGGUGGAGCCCACUCGCAGCGGUGUAAUUAAAGUCAUUUAACCAAAAGUAGGUGUGUGUCCAUCUCAGCACUCGUCUGUGUCAGGGGACUAACCUUAUUUAUGUAGAAAUGUCGACAUGGUAGGUCAUGGUAGAGCUCUUUGAAUCAAAGACAAUCUGCUGUGUGCGCGUGUGCACCACAUGCGUGUACACGGCCGUAUGGAGUGUGGGUUACUAAAUCGGGCACUUCUCAAUGAGAGGUCAUCCUUGUGUGUCUGCGCUUCAGAAUCACAUUUUUAAUUAAACACUUUUGGAAAGUGGG